AACCAAAUAAACCAGAGCCCCAUGUCAAAAUUCCAAGCUAUAUCCACCCACACUCCACACCGCCAUGGCUCGAGCUUUCUGGGUGCUAUCUCGAUCAACAGACACGAGUAAUGGCUAUAUGUCAUCUAGCCUCUCUCUCCCCUUCUCCCUUUAUAAGAUUCGCCCCAAAAAGAUUAUUCCUAAGUUCUCGAGCAUUUCCUUCCUCUCUGAAGAACAAGAGUUUCUCUGCUACAACAAUGGCGUCUGCUGUGCAGAAGGUCUUGGUUCCGAUCGCAAAUGGUACCGAGCCAAUGGAGGCAGUCAUCACGAUCGAUGUCCUGCGAAGAGCAGGUGCUGAUGUCACCGUUGCGUCUGUCGAAAAGCAGCACCAAGUUGAUGCCUGUCAUGGAGUGAAACUUGUUGCUGAUACUCUAAUUACUGAUUGUGUUGAUAGCGUCUUUGACCUCAUUUCUCUACCUGGGGGAAUGCCAGGCGCGGCCACUCUUCGAGACUGUGCAAUUCUAGAAAGCAUGGUGAAAAAGCAGGCAGCUGAUGGACGGCUUUACGCAGCUAUCUGUGCAGCGCCUGCUGUUGCGCUCGCUUCAUGGGGUGUGCUCAAGGGGUUGAAGGCGACCUGCUACCCUUCGUUCAUGGAGAAAUUAUCAUCUGCUGCUACAGCGGUUGAAUCUAGAGUCCAGAAGGACGGCCACGCUGUGACAAGUCGUGGCCCUGGUACGGCUAUGGAGUUUUCGGUAGCCCUGGUUGAGCAUUUGUACGGGAAAGACAAAGCAGAUGAAGUUGCUGGACCGAUGGUGAUGCGUUCUAAUCAUGGAGAAGAAUAUACUCUGAGAGAGGUGAACUUCUUGGAGUGGAAAUUCAAAGAUACUCCUCAGAUUCUUGUUCCAAUUGCUAAUGGCACAGAGGAGAUGGAAGCUGUCAUGAUCAUUGAUAUUUUACGGAGAGCAAAAGCAAAUGUUGUGGUUGCCUCUGUCGAAGAUAAAUUAGAAAUUGUGGCCUCACGAAAAGUGAAACUCGUAGCAGAUAUGCUCCUUGAUGAGGCUGUUAAGCUGUCAUAUGAUCUUAUUGUUUUACCGGGUGGACUUCCUGGUGCACAAGCAUUCUCGAACUCAGAGAAGCUUGUAAAUUUGCUAAAGACACAGAAGGAAGCAAAUAGACCUUAUGGAGCUAUUUGUGCAUCCCCAGCUAUCGUCUUCGAGCCACAUGGCUUACUGAAGGGUAAGAAGGCCACAGCAUACCCAGCAAUGUGCAACAAGCUUUCUGAUCCAAGCGAGGCUGAGAACAGGGUAGUGGUCGAUGGCAACCUCAUUACCAGCAGAGGCCCAGGGACUUCCAUAGAGUUCUCACUGGCAAUUGUGGAAAAGCUAUUUGGACGCCAGAAAGCAUUGGAGAUUGCCAGGACUAUGGUUUUCACCAAACCAUAGAGCUCCUUUUUGGUGGUCUAGAUUAUAUAUAUAGAACGGGAAUAGCUUUAGUGCUGAGUGCAUAUUCUAGUACGAAAGUUGGUAUUGUAUAGGACUUCAAGAUACCCUGACUUGCAUAGUUUGACACAGAGCAAAUGGACAGUUCCCAUGGAUAAGAUGUCUGGCUCAUCCGGCGCUCUGGUGUGGCAAUAAGUUCCUGUGCUUGCUUGCAGCAUUAGUUGCAAUUCUAGUCAAAGAAAGGACUACCUUUGUGACGACUAUUAGUAUUAGUAUGACUUUAUUGUUAAUGAUGGAAAUGAAAAUUUUAUAUGAAUGUCAGAGUGUUCCUUCUUUAAUUUCACUUCACAAAUCCAGUGCUUUGUAGCUGUAGGGGUGCUCCAUCAAAAACCGAACAAAUUGAACCGAACCAAGGGGGUCGUCAUCCCUCUGUUGAGCUUUGAAUAUAUAAAGUCCACAGGAUCAGUGUUUA